CCCACCGGGGCCUGGACCUCGGCAUUUUCCAGCAGCGCUGGAGGGACUGGGACUGAGGAGAGACUGAGAGAGAGAUGAGCUACACCACGGCAAGGACUUUCUCAAUUUGCCAUCUCACUUCAGAAGGAGAGUGAACAAACACAAACCCUGGAUUGAGACGUCGUACCAUGGAAUCGUAACUGAAAACAACAACACUGUGAUUUUGGACCCUCCCCUGGUUGCUUUGGAUAAAGAUGCACCUGUUCCCUUUGCAGGUGAAAUUUGUGCUUUUAAAAUCCAUGGGCAAGAAAUGCCCUUCGAGGCCAUUGUGCUGAACAAGACAUCUGGAGAAGGUCGGCUUCGAGCAAAGCGUCCCAUUGACUGUGAGCUGCAGAAGGAAUACACAUUCAUCAUCCAGGCCUAUGACUGUGGAUCAGGACCAGGUGGAACAAACUGGAAGAAAUCUCACAAGGCAGUAGUCCAUAUCCAGGUAAAGGAUGUCAAUGAGUUCUCCCCAGCAUUCAAGGAGAGUGUUUACAAGGCCUCAGUGACAGAGGGGAAGAUCUACGACAGCAUCCUGCAGGUGGAAGCCACAGACGAGGACUGCUCUCCACAGUAUAGCCAGAUCUGCAACUAUGAGAUUGUCACCGCAGAUGUGCCCUUUGCCAUCGACAGGAAUGGUAACAUCAGGAACACCGAGAAACUGAGCUAUGAUAAACAGCACCAGUAUGAGAUAAUGGUGACAGCUUUUGACUGUGGGCAGAAACAUGCAACAGAAGAUGUAUUGGUACAAGUUAAUGUCAAACCCGUAUGCAAACCAGGUUGGCAAGACUGGAACAAACGGAUUGAAUACAGGCCUGGCUCUGGCAGCAUACCCUUGUUUCCCAGCAUCCACCUAGAAACGUGUGAUGGACCAGUGUCCUCAAUCCACACCACCACUGAACUGCAGACCAAUUAUAUCGGAAAGGGCUGUGAUCGUGAAACCUACUCCGAAAAAUCUCUGCAGAAAUUAUGUGGAGCUUCCUCUGGUGCCAUUGACCUGUUACCAUCCCCUAGUACAACAACCAACUGGACAGCUGGGCUCCUCAUGGAUAGCAAUGACAUGAUUUUUAAAUUUGAUGGAAAGCAAGGAGCCAAAAUCCCAGAUGGAAUAGUCCCAAAAAAUUUAACUGAUCAAUUCACCAUCACUCUGUGGAUGAAACAUGGACCUAGUCCUGGAUUAAGAGCAGAGAAGGAGACUAUUCUCUGCAACUCUGACAAGACAGAGAUGAACCGGCACCACUAUGCACUGUACGUGCACAACUGCCGCCUCGUGUUCCUGCUGCGCAAGGACUUUGACCAUGCUGACACCUUCCGCCCCGCUGAGUUCCACUGGAAGCUUGACCAGAUCUGUGACAAGGAGUGGCACUACUAUGUGGUCAAUGUGGAGUUCCCUGUGGUGACGCUGUACAUGGACGGAACAACCUACGAGCCGUACCUGGUGACCAACGACUGGCCCAUCCACCCCUCUCAUAUCGCUAUGCAGCUCACAGUGGGGGCUUGCUGGCAAGGAGGUGAAGUCACCAAGCCCAGGUUUGCACAGUAUUUCCAUGGCAGCCUGGCCAGUCUGACAAUCCGGCCAGGGAAAAUUGAGAGUCAAAAAGUGAUUUCCUGUUUGCAGGCCUGCAAGGAAGGUCUUGAUAUUAAUUCUCUUGAGAGUCUUGGCCAAGGAAUAAAGUAUCACUUCAACCCUUCCCAGUCAGUCCUUGUCAUGGAAGGAGAUGACAUUGAGAAUAUAAAUCAAGCCCUCCGAAAGGUCUCAUACAUCAAUUCCAGACAGUUUCCUACUGCAGGCAUACGACGUCUCAAAGUCUCAUCUAAAGUCCAAUGUUUUGGUGAAGAUGUCUGCAUUAGUAUCCCAGAUAUAGAUGCCUAUGUAAUGGUGUUUCAGGCCAAUGAGCCUAAGAUUACCAUAACUGGGAUGGACCACUUUGCUAGACCAGCUGCACAGUUUGAAAGUGAAAGAGGUGUUAUUUUGUUGCCUGAUAUCAGGAUUGUCAGCACAGUCACUAAAAUGGAGCACUCAGUGGACUUAAGAAAACAUGACAGAGCCAAUAAGCAAGUGGUAGUAGAGGAAAUGCUCCACAACCUGGAUUUCUGUGAUGUUUUGGUCAUUGGUGCAGAGCUAGAUCCUGAACAAGAGUGUUUAGAACUAGAUCAUGGGGAGCUUCAAGGAAAACAUUUAGAUGCCACAAAUUCCACUGCAGGAUAUUCAAUCUAUGGUGUGGACAGCAUGUUCAGCUAUGAGCAGGUGCUGCGGCAGCUCCGCUACCGCAACUGGGGCACCUCAUCCACCUCGGACAGGAAGUUCAAGGUCAAAUGCUCCGAGCUCAAUGGGCGUUACACCAGCAAUGAGUUCAACCUGGAGGUUAAUAUUCUACACAGUUCUAACUCCAACUUCAUGGAACAUGUAAAUCACAUGAUAGUCCAGCCCCAAUUUCACCAAUCUGUUCAGCACCCUGAAGGGAGUGUAAGUGCAUUUCACAGCUCAGUGGUUCCCAGCAUGGCCACGAUUGUUAUCAUCAUCUGUGUGAGUGUCCUGGUGUUGGUGAUAACACUGGGUGUGUUCCGGCUCCGCACGGCCCAUCAGCAUGGCUCCAUGGGGCACGAGGGAGCCAAGGAGAAUGAGAUGGACUGGGAUGACUCUGCUCUCACCAUCACUGUCAACCCCAUGGAGAAAUAUGAGAAACCACACCAGACAGAAGAGGAGAGUGAGGAAGAAGACAUAGAUGAUGAAGAGGAAGAUACAACCAGUGCUGAAUCAGAUGACAGUGAAGAGGAGGAAGAGGAGGACGAGGAGGAGGAAGAAGUGAUUGUCCAAAAUGGAGACAAACAGAAUGCCACCAGGCAAGAGCAGUUGGAAUGGGAUGACUCAACACUCCCCUAUUAACAAACAGCCCUCCAACCACAGCUCUUUUGUAACAACCAAUACAAUGUUUUUUCAUAGUCUAUGAAUUCAUUGACAGGAUUUGAACUUCUGCUUGCCUAUAACUGUUUUGCCUAAAAUGAUCUUAUUGUAGUAAUGAUGAAAGAACUUACCCUUUUCUUACAAAGCCUGGGGAAAAUGUGGUACAAACCUCCUCGCACACACAGUAAUAAAGUAAUCUAGAACUUGAUCUGUUAGCAAGCAUAGUUCUCAAUUUCCUGUUUCUACCCUGCAGAUGUGGGACAAAAGUCCUGUCACUCCAUCCAUAGAAGUUUUUGCCUCUGCUACAUUUUUCACACAGGAGAUAUUUCAGCUUGUUAUGAAGAAUUACUCCUGUGGGUCCAAAUACCAGUGCCAUCUAACUUCACAUUCUUAUAGAUGUAAAAAACAUAAUCCACCUCCAAAUUGGGGCAGGGCUUUAGUGCUACAGGGGCUGAAUCACAUCAUCUCGUCCUGCCUUUUGGAUGUUAACUGUCUUCUACAUGGGAAUAUAUAGGACUUGACAGGGGAUGCAUAUGUGCCUAUGUAGAUGUAGACAGUGUACUUUUUCAGGCAUGCUGUCAGACCCUCGAGGGAUUUUUAUCCAACCUAUAAAAAAAAAAUUAAAAAUUAGUCUUAAAAAAACAGCAAAAAGAAGGGGCUGCUGAAGACUACUGAAAAAAAAUCCCAGGUCAUUCUGUGUCCACAGAUUGAGUAAUAUGGUCUUCUGUAAAUUCUAAUGGGAUUGAUUAACUGAAAAUCUGUAGAACUGCUCAUUAUUUAUGGAUUGAGCAAUUUGCAGCAAACUGAUGCUUUAAACCAUUUGUCUCCUGGAAUCAUUAGCUUGCUGCAGCAUCUUACUAAACUAGUGGAAAAUAAGUUACCCCAUUAUUCCAUAGCUAUGUAUGUCUGGGAUUUAAACAAUUAUUUUAGAUGAGGAAAAUGUUCCCUUUUGCUUAGUGAAAGCCAGCUAGAAUUCCUGUCUGACUGUAUUGUAUAAAAACAUGAUGCCCUAUUUCUUCUUUACCCCUGCCUGCCUGUAGUGCACAAGAGAAAGGAACAACACUGUGAGCCCUCUUCUGAGCUCAUAAUUCUCCCUUAUUUCUUCUUCCUGAAGCCAUUAAUGUCGAGAGAAGGUUUUAUAAAGUAGACAAGGAAAAAUAAAACCUAUGUGGAACCAAAAUAGUUGAAAACAAAAACUAAAAUCUUAAAAGGUUGAAAGAGUAUUUUAGUUUGUUAUGGUAACACAGCAUAUUUUUCUUAAACACUGUUUAAAAAGAAAAACCAAAACCAAAACCAAAACAAACAAACAAAAAACAAACAACAACAAAAAAAAAAAACCAAAAAAAACCCCAAAAAACAACACCAAACACACACACACACACACACACACACACACACACACACAAAAAAACCCCACAAAAACAAAACCCAAACAAACAAACAAACAAAAGGGAAAAAGCAGAGCUAUGUAUACAAUGUGUUGAUGUGUUUGAGUGGUGUGGUUUUUUGUCCUCUUUCCUUAAGUACCUUUGCAUCUUCAACUGCUCUGCUUACCAAAUGCUGCAGUAUAGCUGCUCCAAUGCAUAGAAACAAAAUGGCAUGGAAGUGAAUGCUGCUUAGUGGUUUGUCUGGGUUAUUUUCCUGAGUACUUUAUUUUCUUUGCAAUUUCAUCUUUGACUUUUGCUUUUAUAAUCUGCUGUUUAAAAUGAGUUGCUCCCUCUUCUCCAUUCUCCAUUCGUCAAUCUUGUCACAACAGGACCUUCCUGAGCACCCUGCAUGGUGGCUGAUGUUGCAAAGGAUACUUGGAGCAAUCCACCUCCCUCAAUACUGGACUAUUAAUAGCUUCUGAAUGUUGUGGGACAUAGGGAGCAUAUCAUGUGUUUGGGGGUUCCUGUAAUUCCAGUUUCUGCAUUUGAUAACUGAAGGGAAAUACAACAACUAGGACUUGUAAUAGAACAACUAGAAAGUAAAUGAAAAAAAAAUCUAUAUUAAUUUUAAAACUAGAGAUACUCACGCUUCUAUUUGUUGUGCCAGCAAUCACAUUGUCACAUGGCUGUUAAGACUGGCAAUACAGCAGUUUUCUUUUGUUAUCAAUCGUAUUACAUUUUAUUCUCUCACAUAUAUUAAGCUUAGAAGAAUAUUUGCAGAAUCAAGGCCACAUAAAUACAUUUUGUCUGUAGGAAUAACAACUGUAAAAAUGUCCACAAUUUCUGUUUAAUACAAAACUAAUACUAAAAUUUCUGAAUAUCUUGAACAAAAAUGUUAUGUUAGAUCAGUUCCUACCAUCCUAGUAUCCUAGAUCAUUUCCUAGUUUUAAAUUCUUUAGUGACAUGAAGCAGGCUCUUGAUGAUGCUUGUUAUCAGCACAUAUCAGCAAAUCUUUCUGCUAAGAAAAAAAAAAAUUAAAAUUAAAUGUAAAUAUUUAAUAGUCAAUUUCAUAUUUAGAACUGGACUUAAAUUAUUUUAAAGUUUCUGUUAUUCCUGAUUAUUAUUUUUAUUGUUGUUGUUGUUAUCAUAGCAAACAUUAGGGCAACAUGAAAAUCGCAAUUUACAACCUUAUUGACAGCCUUUAAUUCUUUUAUAUAUUUGUGAAUUCAUCAGUGCAUUUCUCCAUCUAAUAGAUUUUUAUCUUUUUGUCACGGGAAGCAGAUCUUUUCAGGUUGUACUCAUACAAUACACAAGAAGCAAACAAAUUAUUUUCUCUAUUGUAAAUAAACCUACAUUUUUAAACCUAAGCAAAGUAAUACAGGCAUGUGUGUUAUCACUAAAACUUGGUUUGCGGUAAGAUAUUCAGCAAACUAAAAUGUAUCACUGUACUUAUUUUCGAUUACUCAUUGGAGUGCAUUAUGCAGCAUUUUCCAUUCAAAUAAAUAGAAACAUCCUUUUCACAAAAUAGCGGUGAGAAUGAGAUACAUCUUCACAAAAUGGGCCCUAGAGUAUAUAUAGUACUGAGAGCAGUGGUAUCCUGAGUAAAACUACUACUAGAAAAUCAGAGAAAUACCACUUUAUCUAAAACAAUUCUAACAUUAUUUCCUCCCCUCCAGAAAUUAUUUUUUUAUAUAACCUCCUUGCUUAAAAACCAGCCAGAACAUAUACACACAUAUGUACAUAAAGACAUACAUGUGGUGGGGUUUUGCCCCUAAUCAAAAGCCAAAAGUCUCUCUUUUCCUCCCUGAAAAAAGUGUUUAGAACUGUAAAACCAUUCAGGUUGGAAAAUACCUCUAAGAUCAUUGAGCACUGCCAAGCCCACCAGUAACACGUCCCCAGGUCCCUCAUUCAUGUGUCUUGGAAUUCCCCAAGGGAUGGUGACUCCACACUGCCCUGGACAGCCUCUUCCAAUGCCUGACCAUCCUUCCAAUGAGGAAAUUUUCCCCAGUAUUCAAUCCAUACCUCCCCAGCACAGCUCGAGGCUGUUUCCCCUUGUCCUGUCACUUGUUACUUGAGAAGGGAAACCAACCCCACCAGGCUGUAGCCUCCUCUCAGGGAACUGGAGACAGUGAAAACCCUCCUUUACUGCAGGCUGAGCUCCCCCAGCUCCCUCAGUUGCUCUUCAUCAGCCUGGUACUCCAGACUUUUCCCCAGUUCUGUUCCCUUCCCUGAACUCACUGCAGCCCUUCAGGGUCUGUCCUGUGGUGAGGUGGCUUUUUUACACCGGCAAUAAAUAAGUGUAUCCAAAAGAAAGCAGUUCUGAAGAGGUACUCACAAUUCAUGGCAUCAGGAAUCCAGAGGUGACAACAGAGGUCUAAAAUGGCAUCAAUCUUGCCUUUAAGUUUUUGAAGUUCUGAUCUAAGGCUGGGAAAAGCUGCAAAACCUACAAAUGCAAAUUGAAGAUGUUACCUGAAUUAAUAUAACUGCCUACAUGACUUUUUGUGAUUAAUAGUCCCCAUUUCUCUUUCACUUCUACCCCCUCCAGAGAUUUGUUUUAUCUUUGCAAGUAAACUUUAAAAUGCACAGUUGAGAUUAUUCCCAAUAUUUACUGCAUUGGCUGAUACCAGUUCAAAUUAGAAAUAGACAUGUAGGAUUUGUGACAUCUUUAAUACUAAUUAAAAUAAACUGUUUCUAUUUGUUCAUCCCAACAGGUAAUACCUUGUAGUGGUGGUGGGACUGCUUUUUACCUCACCCAAGCCUAAUGGGAGGGAGCAAUUUAUUUUCCUGUCUGGCAUGUGGUGAAGCUGAGCUUGCUGAGCACCAUUCCUUAUUCCAUUCUGGAACAAAGUAAGGAUCAGAAAGAAUCAGAGGGUUCUGAAGUUCCUCCUGUGGGGAUGAAAUGCAUUGCAGGAGCCGUCCCUGCCUGACUCUAAACUGAAAAUAAUGCCAUGGGAGAUGAGAAGCCCCAGAUGAAGGAUGGGCAGAGGGUAAUGCAGUAGCAGCCCUUACUUCACUUUGGCAAAGCCUUUUGAGCUUUGAUAAAAUAUAAAUAAUAAAAUAAUAAAUAAUUUGUGUCCGCAGCUGUAACCUCAGAGGCAGCUUUAUACUUCUCCCUGGUAGGGGUCCCAGUGCACUGGGACAGAACCCUGCCUUGUCUCAAAGUUUUGGUGCCAGCACACACAGAUCUCCAUCUCCACAGAACAGGCUUUACUGUGGUGACAGCAGGUAAAGGUCUGGUAGGAUGGAGCUGUUUCUUGUAUCCUGAAACAGAAAUUAUAAUACCAACAUUAAGGAUGUUUGCAAAAACAUAUGGAUACUGAGAGAGGGAGAGGAAAUAAAACUGUGAGUACAUCUCCUCUGAGGGGAUUUCACUUCCCUUAAUUCACACAUGCUGACCAGACUAAGAAUCUCAAAUCUAGGAUAACCCAGUCUCAGGGGGUUUAUAAGGUUUUAUCAGGUUCUGCCCUGAUAAAAUUACUGCGUAAAAAUAAUGGAAAAUUAGGAGGAACCUGGAUGAUACAGCAGCCUCAUCUAGACUUUCAACAGCCUGUCUUGGCAUUAAUGCCCCUCUGGGUGAUCCUGUAGCUGCUGACUUUUAUGGAGCAAGUGCUUAAAGUAGUUCUACAACAAGUGAGCAAAUCUAAGGAGAUAGGAGAAAGAAACCCAAGUGACAAAACAUAAAUAUCAAAAAGAUAGCCAAAGAAAUCAAACCACCAAGUGACUAAAUUAAUUCCUGUUGAUUGUACAUAAUCCUGUGCUGUAUAAUCUCCCUCGUGUUUCAGGCAGCAUCACCAGCUACAGAAUGGCAUUACGUUUUCCCUCUCAGCACAGCUUAGGAAGCUGCCAGGCCUUGUUCCUGCAUAGCCUUGCUGCCCCCAGAGCCUGCAGAGCUCACAGCAUUCCAAACAGCCGUGGCAAUAGCAGCCAGCCCAUCCCUCAAGGCCUUGGUGUUCCCAAAGAAACCAAUACUCCCAUGCAACAAACCAUGCAACACUUUUUACAACACAUUUUGUAAAAAUAUUUUUACAGCACCCAGAAGCUGUGAUCCUGUGCAAUCUUUGUACAUUUGGAUCAAAUAUUUGGGUUUGUUUUUAAUAAAGAAAGGCAUAACAAGCAAUGUGUGGGGAGUAAUGUAAACUGAAAUGGAUCAGGUUCCCUAAAGCAGCAUGUCUCAGAUUGUGUAUCCAAUGAUCAGACUUCUGGUUGCUGGACUCUCCUGGAAUCCAACUUCAUUUUUGUUAGCAUGGAGAAUAAAGACACAAAGAAUAGAGAUAACCACUAAAGCUACAGAAGAGCAAAAUUCAUAUUCUCUUAAUGCCCCCAAUCUCAAAAAAUAUUUCUGCUAAAUAUAUUGGCAAAAUUGCUCCAGUGAUAUCUCAGAAAGUAAUUAUAAUUCAUCACCUUUGUAAGAUUAGCAAGGUACAAGCCUGGUAUGUUCUUUUUGGUUCUGUUUUUCUCCAAAAAAGACAUGGCCAUAAAUUGAAAAUACACAACACUCGAACAGUGCAAAAAUGAAAGGGGAGCAAAGGCUUUAAUUUUAUAAGCCUCUGUCUAACAUAGGAGUUUAAAAUAAUAAGCAACUGUAGCCCUUAUUAUUGAAACUUAGCAGAAUAAAAUGAACCCAGAAAGUUUUGUAUGUUCAUAACUUCAUUCCUGAUGAUGAAAAGGCAUGCACCAGAGAGGGAACCCUUUUUCCCUAGAGGCAUUUUGCUGCCUUCAGAGUAGGUAUUGCCAGUGGUUUGCUCGUUAUGGUUUCCAUGUCUCUACUGGCAACAGGAACAGUGCUGCUGACACCCUUUGGAACAGCCCUGUGAAAGACCCUGGUGGUGAACCAUAAUUCAGUAAUUUUCCUGCAGCUCUGCUCCCAGCCCUCCAUGGUGGAGCACUCCAAACACAUGGAGAGGGAAUGGCACAGUGGAGAGCCCUGGGCUGGUGCUUCCGUAGUUACCGCCUAUCAAGUUACCGCCUAUCAAGUUACCGCCUACACUCUCAGCAGCGUGAAGCACUGCAAAUGUGUGAAACACAGUUCAGGAAAAGCUCUAAGUCUUAUUUUCAGUACUAGCUCGUGGGGCAAUUGUGCAUUCAUCAGCUGUUGAAACUCCAUGGCCGUGUAUUGUCACUAUUUAUGUCUGUGCUGGGAACAAAGAAGCAGCAGAAUUGUUUUUCCCAGUUAAGUACAUUGUAUAGUAAAAGAGUUCAGCUUUCCCUGGGUGAGGUGCACAAAGCUUGCCAAAGAGAAGCUGUCUCAAAUUGGGAAAAAAGAUGUUACAAUGGUAUUCCAUCCUUGUACUUCAGAAACCCAGAAAGUUUCAUGGGAGUAAAAUGCUUUUCUGCAGCCCUACCUAUUACUUUUGUAUAAAUCUGGAUACAGUCUUGGGUUUUCAGAGGUUAUUUAACUUCCCAGCUGGGUAUAAAGUUGUUCCAGGUGUCUUUUGGUGUACUAACCCAUAAAACUAUUUUUGGCUGAAGGUUUCAGGAUAUACUGAGGGGGAAAGAAACAAAAAGUUAUUAAAAUUACAAUGUCUUUUUUUUUAUACUCCUGCCUCUUUUAAACGGAUAAAAAAGACUUUGAUCAGACACCCCUGACCAAGUCUGUGACUACAAUGACAUUUCAAACCGGUACUCAAAAUGGCAAUAAAAUCCUUGUCUACAAAACUGUUUAAUGUGCAGUAGAUGAGAAGGUGGAUGGUUGUUUUAACUGGGCAUGCUUUUUGGGAUGUGGAAUGGAUCAACUACAGUCAUUUCCAUUAGAAAAUCAAAGUAUUAUUUAAGGAAGACUGGACAGGAAGGCAGAAGAGACUACUGCAUGAAUAACAGAGAGUUAAGGUUUACAGUAAUGUGAAAACAGUUGAAAUUUUAUCUUAUAGAAAAGAAAGAGGCAUAAAAGCUUGAGCAUCAAAUAGUAAGAAAAUGGAAACAUUUUCUGUUUGCAUGCCAGAAAUGACACUGUCACAAUGCACAAGAAAGAGAAUGAAUGUAGGAUAUCAAAGAGUUCCAUGACCGGAUAUAAAUGCAAUACACACAUGUGUGUUGCAAACAUAUACGUGUGUGUGUGUGUGUGUGUGUGUGUGUGUAAAAGAAAAUCACAAAAUGGUGCCCAUGGGGAUGUGAUGGCUGUGGUGAUGAGGGAGAACUUGCAGGUUUUUAGCCUGGUUGAUGCUGAAUUUGCCUCCUUGAGUUCCAGUUACAGUAGCUCCAGCAGAGCUGGGAAGCGAGUAGGGCCAGGAGAGGCAUUGCUAAACUCUGUGUGCACUUAGUAGAAAAAUUGAGAGCCAAGGCCAGCCUAGGGGGCUUGGAGCAAACACUCUGUCUGCUGCCUUGAGUUUGAGGGUACACUUACUUCACAGUUUAAUUUGAGGUAAGAAAUGGAACUUUUGCCCACAGACAGUUGAUUAGUUUUAGAGAUUUUAACAAACAUACUCCAUGGGUUGAUGAGGAGGUGGAGACACCCAAGGCAGAUUAUACUCCAUAUUGAAAAGGCCCUCAAGUAAACUUUUUGUAGUGAUACAAUCUCGUAAGUGGUCACAUAGUUAGAACUCCUGAUUUUUGAAAAUAUACAUAAUAGAAAACUUUUCAAGGAUAACAACCAUCCCUGCACCAGUCUGAGAGCUGAAGUUUAUGCCUCCAUUCUCAGAAUCAACUACUGGCAAAUUAUUUUUGUCCUCUCCACAAACUGAUGUAAAAGUGAGAGGUACAUCUGAAAAGAGAUGGGGGGUUUAGAUGUAUUCUGUUACAAAUACUGCACCACCAGUUGAUUAAAUUUUUGAUUGUGGUUAAUAGGCAUUUCUAUUCAAAGGAUCAUCACAACAGGGAUGGAAGGAUACACCACAGUGGAUUAUUGCUUUGUAGGUACACACUGUGAGCGGGCUUACUAAGAACGGUUUCAUCUAAGCUUCAGUGUGUUUAGAAGUACAUACUAGACUUAUCAAAAAAGAUUAGUAGACAAAAGGAAAAAGUAGUGCAAGUAGAGUAUUAUGCUAACAGUGCAGAAUUCUUUCCUAGAAUACAUUUUUUAGUGUUAGGGGUGGGGGUGCUUCAACCUACUUAAAUGUUUCUAAGCCUGGAACUUUACUGCUUCCCCUGGGAUAUUGUUCUAGAGUCUAUUAGAAUUCACCAUUAGAAAGCUUUCCCUGAAAACUAAUUUAAAUAAUCAGUUUUGUAAUUUUUAUCUCAUUAGUCACAGUUAUACCCUUUUGCACCACUCUGAAUAGUUCCUCUAACCAUGACUUAUAUGCUUUGAAUAUUUUUAGAUAGUUAUCAAGUUCAUUGCCUUUGAUCAUUUACUAGAGAAGCUGUGAAUCCCUCCUCAUCCCAAUUCAUUCCUUCAAUCUUGUAUUUCUUACCUUUUCAUAAAAUGUCUUUAAUAGAUAAACUAAAUUUCCCGGUGUUUCCCUAAAUGAGUCACUGUCAGUUUACUCUGUUAAGGUGCUCUGUGUUGGUGUGUGUCACUACAUAAGUUGUCAAAGGUUAAAUAAUAAAUUUAAAUUGAAACUUGAUUUUGAAAAAAUCUUUUCUGUAAUCUACGGAUAAGUUCUCAUAUGAUAUGAAUUUGGCAGUGUCUUUUACAUGGGUAUGAUUUAACAAAGCAAACCAAUAAAUGCUGGAGCCAACCAAAUAAUAAUACAAGGUAUAAUUUGUUAAAAAUUAGAUUGCCAUCAUUAAUGUGAAAACAGGCAUUGCCAUUCAUGUGCCCACGUUUUUAAAUGUCUCUACUCUAACGAGCAGCUAUUAACCAGUAUUUUCACUUAAGACAGAUAAUAUUGCUUCUCCUCAAAUGUCAGUAGAAUGCACCUACUUUCUAAAUCAAAUGCUCAAAAUUUCUAGCCAGGCACUAAAUGCUGCAAAGAAAUAGAAUUGUGCCUACUCUUCUGAUUACUGCCAUGCCUACCCUUAUAUUGCAAAUUCAUGAUGCAUUUCAGGUCUCUGGCCGACAUGAUGACCAUGUGGUUUGUUUUCAAGCAUGCCUCAAGCAAACCUGUGUUUUCUGGCUCAGAAGCCACAUAGGCAAAUAGGGAGGAUGUACAAAGUCAGCUUGGGUCUUUUCAUUGAUGUGUUUCCUUCAUCUGAACUCCAAACCAGAACUGAAAUCCUUGUGCUGGAAGAGCCACUGCAUCACUAAGACCAAGAGAAAAAGAAUUUGAUUUCUUCUUCACUUCCCUCUGUCUGCAAGGAUUGGUGUAAAGGGGACAGCAGGAACACUGAGGGUUCCAUUGGUGACUUUAGGAAGCUCUUUGCUUCCCUCACCUCUGUCUCUAGUGGGUGUAAAUUGUGCAAACCAUAUUGUAGGAAAUGAUGGAUUGCCAGGAGUGGGUUUAGGUCGCAUGAGCAAACAAUGACUGCCUUGGCAUUGGCUGUUUGCUGUCACUGCUCUGCCUACCUUCCCAAAACGAGCCACGGCAUGAGGAGUACUCAAAGUCUGAUGGACAGAGGGGAAGAUGAAUGAGCCUUGCAAGGUCAGGUUGCAACACAAAGGAGAGGAAAAAGAAGAGGAUUUCCUGAGCAAGGAGCUGUAAAACAUGACUUGUGAUGAGCAGCAGGGCAGGAAUCCGACAUGCACUCUGAAUAUUGUGCAGUUUGGUGAAAGGGUUUGUUCUAGUUAGAAUUAACUAUAUAGUUAAUAAAUAUUUUAUAUCUUACACAGAGUGUAGGAUUUUGAAGAGCUGAGAAAUAAUCUUAUCAUGUUGAAUGUAACAGCUGUGCUCUAAUUGGCUGGGACAAUUCUAUUUCAGAUUUCAUCAUCUCUUAACAGUAAAAAUGGUAUUUCAUCUGCCUGCAAAAAUGUACAAUUUUUCCCACACAGUUUGUCAUUUCCCAGAUUGCUUCCAUGUUAGUGCAUUGGUCCUUGUUGAGGAGAAGUAACUGCAGCUGGUUGCAUGUAUUUUUUAUCUCGGGAUUGCUUCCUAGCCAUCCAAAUUCUGUGUAGUUGUGGCCACUUGUAUGGAUAAUAAUAAUAAUAAAAACCACCACCAGAGAAGUGAUUAAAUAAACAAACAUAUGCUAUAUGGUUGUACAUACAAUGGUUGUAUUCCGUAAAUAUGUCUCAAACCAACAGACUGUUCAGGCCAGGAAAAAUGCUCUUACAUGAAAUAUCCUAUUGUUGAUGUGAAACAACCAUAAACCAUAUCUUGAAAUGUCUCAUUGCAGAUGCUAAAUGCAUUUCUGAAAGCAUGAAUCGGUACAAUUUAUGCAGUAUGAUGAAUUCAAUUACUACAUGCAAUUAAAAAGAUGAAUAAGAAAUUAUUUUCAAAUAGAUAUGAAUCAGUUGUUAAAAAAAAAAAAAGGAAAACCCAACCCUUUCUUAAUGAAAUUGUACAGUAAAUUUUGACAGACAGUACAGUACACAAACCCUAACUUUACACAGAGUAAAAAGAAGUUGUACAAAACCUCCUCCAUGGCAUAGUAGUGUAUUUCAUAAAAGCCAUGUCAGUUUGCACAGUCAUUUCUGAAUUCAUAUCCAUAUGUUUUCCACAGGACUGAUUAAAUGCAUAUUCCAAAUAGUUCUGUUAUUUUAAAAUUUGUAUCUGUACAUGUAUAAAGCCAGAGUCAUUUUCGUCGUCACUACAGCAUUUUCUGUGAAUUGGCC